AUGUCGACAUUCCUCUUCAAGAUGCAUCAGUCGGAGCUGAUGAAGCAAAACGAAGAAGUUAUGAAAGUUCCCUUGGCCUUUGGUGCUCAACCUGAUGCGUUAAACAACGAAGACAAAGGAACACUUCACGAUGCUUGCUCUAAAGGAGAUCUCAACGCGACCAAACUUCUGAUAAAUGCAGGAGCUGAUGUUGAUGUCAAAUCGACCAAUAAUUCAACCCCGUUACUCUUAGCAGCCGAGUACGGCCACCAAUCAUGUGUUGAAGAGCUGAUAUUGCAUGGAGCAGAUCCCACAAAAAGGGAUAAUGACGGGGAUUCCCUCGUCCACGUUGCAUCAUUAGGAGGCAGUUUGGACAUUUUGAAGUUCGUACUUGGUCUUGAAGGAAUGUCAGAACUCAUCUCAUCAAAGAACAACAUAGGGCAGAUACCACUCCACUCCGCUGCAAAAAAGGGCAACAUUGACUGCGUUGAACUUUUGCUUGCUCAAGAUACGAGACAAGAAGAGGGAGAAGAUAGCUGCUCUCUCAUAGACGAACGAGACUGUCAGGGGAGAACGCCACUGUAUCUGGCCGUGGAAGGUGGAUUUCCCCCCGUUAUUGAUGCCUUGAUCGAGGCCAAAGCAGAUUUGGACAUCCAAACAAAUGACGGAAAAACCUGUCUGCAUCUUGUUGUAACACUGUGGAGCAUUCCUCCAAAUCCUGACAAAAAAGUUCAGACAACCAAGGGUUCCGAGCCGUCAAACCAUAAUUCAACCCCGGUACUCUUAGCAGUUGAGUACAGCCACCAGUCCUGUGUUGAAAAACUAAUAGCGCACGGAGCAGAUCCCAUGAAGAGGGAUAAUGACGGAGAUUCCCUCGUUCACGUUGCAUCAUUGGGUGGCAGAUCAGAAACGUUAGUGUACGUUCUUGAUCUUGAAGGAUUGCUAACACUCAUCUCAUCAAAGAACAACGCAGGGCAUCUUCCACUCCACUCCGCUGGAAGAAAAGGCAACUUGGAUUGUAUUGAACUUUUGCUCGCUCGAAGAGUGAAACAAGGGAAGGAAGAGGAAGGAGAAGGGAGCUGCCCUCUCAUAGACGAACAAGACUGUCAGGGAAAGACACCACUGCAUCUGGCCAUAGAAGGUGGAUUUUCUCCUGUUAUAGAGGCCUUGAUCGAAGCCGGAGCAGAUUUGAACAUCCAAUGCAAUGACGGAAAAACCUGUCUGCAUCUUGUUGUAACAUUGUGGGGUAGUCCUGAACAUCCUGACAAAAAGGUCCAGACCACAAAAGGUUUUGAGCCGGUUGUAUCAAGAUAUCCUCAGUACGAGCCGCUCGCCGAUAACGAGAAGCUUCUUCUCUACCUCCUCGACAAGGGAGCCAUAUGUACAACGUUUGACGCGAGUGGUGACACACCGAUACAUUGCACAAACACACGAAGACUCUGGCAGCUUGUUGUAUCAAGCUCAACCUGCAAUCACGUAGCUGCUCUUCUCUUCAAGGUUGUCUUUGGGUGGCUUCACGGGCUGACCAACCCGGCAUGUACUUCACCUACAUCUGUGCAGGCAGCGGAAGGGACUAUCACCAGCACGCGACGUUUGUUCUCGCCAUUGAGCUCCAGGUCGAUUGCUGCAAAGUCUUCUCUUCCAGCACUUUCGCAGCGUUCGACGCAACGUUUCCAGUACAUGAAUGUUGAUGUGGAUCAGCCACCUGUUCCAAAGGUAGCAGCAGAGGAAGAGGUAGUUUAUGUGGACAUACCUCCUCCUCUUCCGUCUUUAGCAUUCAAGUUCUCGUCUCCGGAGGGGUUUCUGCGCGAGCUGCCCAUCUACACUCCGGCAAUGACAAGUCUCAUCGAGCAGAUGACCCGCGGUCAGGCCGACAACAAGAUCUGGCAUUUGUAUCGGCAUCAGCCUGAUUGA